CUUCACCUCAGAAGACUUGGUUAUUCCUCCUUGUUUGACUUCCUGAGGGCUUCGCUGCUGCUUCCAGGCUACGUUCAGUGACUGGAUAUCCUCCUCAGAGGCUGUUUUUGAGGGUCGUUUUCUGGAACUUUGCAACCAUGUCGACGGCUGUGGAGGCGUCCGGGUUUGUCAUGUGUAUCAUCGGCUGGCUGGUCACCGGAGCGUCGCUUUCUAAUGACUACUGGAAGAUUUCCACCGUGUCCGGCAGCGUCAUCAUCUCUUACAGGCAGUUUGAGAACUUGUGGCACACCUGCGCCGAGAACAGCGCCGGCAUCGCCGAGUGUCGGGACUUUGAAUCUCUUCUCGCCCUCCCUGUUCACGUGCAGGUGUGUCGCGCUCUGAUGAUCAUCUCUCUGCUGCUCGGUCUGGCCUGCAUGUUCAUCUCUCUGCUCGGACUCAAGUGCAUCAAGAUCGGCUCCACCACCGACCAAUCCAAGGCCAAGAUCGCCGGAACGGGAGGAGUCCUGGGCCUCCUGGCAGGUUUGUGCUGCAUCAUCGCUUGUUCCUGGUACGGAUUUCAAGUAGUCCAGGACUUCAACAACCCUCUGUAUGGAGGAGUAAGGUUUGAGCUGGGCACCGGCCUCUACAUUGGCUGGGCUGGAGCCGCUCUGUCCAUCUUGGGGGGGGGGCUAAUCUGCACAGCCUUCAAAAGGGCGUCAUCUGGUGGCAAAAAAGGUGGUUACUAUGGAAACGCACCACAGAAGGUCUACACUGCUACAGCCAAGUCCGACCCAGAUUCAGGCCGAAAUUACGUCUAAACAACUACACAAGCGUUAAAAAAACACACACAAACAGAUACACAGCUUGUUGUUAUUGGGUUUUAAAAAAGAAAAACCGUCCUGUGAUUGGACGAGCUGAACGUCUCCCUCUGUCCUCAUCACAGACAAACACACUGUCUCAUAUAUUUUUCUACUAACACAGUAAACACAACCCUGAUGUGUGAUGAAGUUCAGCUGUUUUCUGACCAGUUUCUUACUUGUUUUGAAGUGUUUUUGAGCAGAAAUCUUUGCUGCUGAGUUCCUGAAUAGAAGCAGAUUUGUUGAUGAGUGAUGGUGAUUAUAAUGAACCUGGACUUUGUUUUUAACUGAAUAAAGUUU